AUGUACAAGCCUCUAAUGCGGAUACCCUACACGGGUCCUCUCCCACCACCUAUAAUUCUUCCCAAAAGCGCAUCUACUGUUGCAGGGGCCACAUCUGCUCUAGCACAAUUCCUGUCAGCUCCACCUUCGCCGCGUCUUCGUGACCUUGACCAUGGUCACUACGAUCGGACAGUGUUUCUUACUGGGGCUGGAAUAUCGGUAGCCUCCGGACUUGCAGACUACAGGGGUGAGAAUGGGACAUAUACGCAGAACAAGAGCUACCGCCCAAUCUACUUCAACGAAUUUGUUGACAGCCAUGAAGCCCGCAAGAGGUAUUGGGCAAGAAGCUUUUUAGGGUGGAGCAGCCUGCACAAAGCCAAACCAAAUGCUGCACAUUUUGCCAUUGGUGAUUUGGCCAAAAAAGGAUUCAUCAGCAGCGUGAUUACACAAAAUGUGGAUUCUUUCCACUCCCAAGCUCACUCGCACACACCUAUCGUUGAACUACACGGCUAUCUGAGGGCUCUUGUGUGCAUCAACUGCCACCAGCUAAUGCCUCGAGAUCAAUUUCAACAAGCCUUGGCGAGAUUGAAUCCAGCCUGGGCUACCUUCUUGGAGGAGUUACUUAGCACGGGAGCGCUCGACACCGAGAACCCCGCUGAGAGGAGGAAGAAAGGCUAUCGUACAAAUCCGGAUGGGGAUGCCGAUGUGCCAGGAGCUCCAUACACUACGUUCCGAUAUCCUGCUUGUCCUACCUGUUUAACGACAGCGCCCGAGUUGCGCGACGGAAGUCGAGGACAUGUCGAGACUGACCAGGAUGGCGCUUGGAGCACCAAAUCGAAUGCUGGAAUAUUGAAACCCAACGUGGUAAUGUUUGGUGAAUCAAUUCCCUCCAAAGUCAAAAUCGCUGCUGAAGAGGCAAUCGAUGAGGCUGGCAAGAUUGUCAUUAUUGGAAGCAGUUUAGCAACAUACUCAGCCUGGCGUUUGGCCAAGAGAGCACAUGAACGAGAAGUUAUGCCCCAUAACUUCGCUCCCCUGAAGAAUGACAGACUCUUGAAAGCCGCAAGGGGGGAAGUCGUCGACCGGCCACCGAUAUGGGUUAUGCGACAAGCUGGUCGCUAUCUACCCGAAUAUCACGAAGUCAAAGGCAAGCAUGACUUCUUCGAGUGUUGUCGCUCUCCAGAAAUCGCAUCAACUCUCACUCUUCAACCGGUUGACCGCUAUGAGGCCAUUGACGCUGCCAUCAUAUUCUCUGACAUUCUUGUCAUCCCUCAAGCUAUGGGCAUGGAGGUCAAGAUGGUAGAUGGCCAAGGUCCUACCUUUAGUGAACCGCUACGAAGCCCAACCGAUGGACAAUAUCAAACGAUACUAGACAAAACUGUGGACGUGGAAGCUGAGUUGGACUAUGUCUAUCGGGCCAUCACUCGUACGAGGGAGAAAUUGGCAGGACGUGUUCCGCUGAUUGGGUUUUGUGGAGCGCCUUGGACCCUGCUGUGCUACAUGAUUGAAGGAGGUGGAUCGAAGAUAUUCAAGGAAGUGAAGACCUGGAUCUAUAGGUAUCCAGAGGAGAGUCAGGCUCUUUUGAAGAAGAUUGCCAGCAUCUGCGUUGAAUAUUUGGCUCAACAAGUGGUUGCUGGAGCCCAACUCGUACAAGUAUUUGAUUCUUGGGCUGGAGAAUUAUCACCAUCCACUUUCAAAGAAUUUGUCCUGCCACAUCUAAAGUAUAUCGCGAAGAUGUUGCCCAAGAGGUUGGAAGAGCUGGGGGAAAAUAUCGUACCAAUGACUGUCUUCGCUAAAGGCGCAUGGUAUGCUCUGGAUGAGCUUUGUGAGAUUGGCUAUCAAGUCGUGGGUCUCGAUUGGCUGCACUCCCCAGCAGAAGCUUUCAGAACUGCUCGAGGGAGAGUCACUUUACAAGGUAAUGCCGAUCCUGGUGUACUCUACGGAGGACAAAAAGCUAUCACUAGAGCAGUCGAAGAGAUGGUGCAUGGAUUUGGAGGGGGAAAGCAAGGGUGGAUUGUGAAUCUGGGCCAUGGGAUUACACCCUUCGUCAAACCAGAUGAUCUCAAGUUCUUCUUUGACGAGAUACUCCGUUGCACGAAGCAAUAG